UAAUGUGAGGUUAAGUUAUCGGGGAAUAUUAUUUUUUGGCGAAAUUAUCCAAAAUGUUGUUUACAUUUUGCAAAGGUUCGUUUUACAGGAAAACCCAGUGCUGCUACUACAGCCAAAUCAAACUAAAAGACGUCCGUUUAAUGCAAAACACAUAUGCAGCCGACGAGUUCACAAACAUCACGGAUAAAAUAACUUCAUUAAUCGGUAAAAACUUGCAUCUCCAGCUUCAUCAUCCAUUAAACAACGUCAGGCAAAGAAUCGUGGAAUAUUUUUAUAAAUCGUUUUUGAACACCCGAGGAAACCCAACGUUUUCCAUAUACGACAAUUUAAACCCAAUAGUGAAUAUAACUCAGAAUUUCGACAGCCUUUUAAUACCCAAGGAUCAUGUUUCAAGAAAAAAAAGCGAUUGUUACUAUGUGAAUAAAGACUAUUUAUUGAGGGCCCAUAUGACAGCUCACCAAACCGAAUUAAUAGCUUCUGGUUUAAAUGAUUUCCUUAUGGUUGGGGACGUUUACAGGAGAGACGAAAUUGAUAGCACACAUUAUCCUGUUUUUCAUCAAGUCGAUGCAGUCAGGCUGAAAACAAGGGAUCAACUUUUUAGGGAAGGUCAAGAUCUAAGUAUUUUUGAGAGUGGCAAAAAUUCUGUGGGUAUCAAUCAGGAAAAACAACCGUGUCAUUCUUUGGAGGCCGUGAAAUUGAUGGAGCAUGAGUUAAAAAGUACCCUGGUAGGCUUAGCAAAGAGUUUGUUUGGUGAAAAAACUGAAUAUCGUUGGGUUGAUGCCUAUUUUCCUUUCACACAGCCAUCUUGGGAGUUGGAAAUAUGGCACAAUGGCGACUGGAUGGAGUUGUUGGGUUGCGGGAUUAUGCGGCAGGGUAUUUUAAAAAAUUCCGGUAUUAAUGACAGGAUUGGCUGGGCUUUUGGACUUGGACUGGAAAGAGUUGCCAUGUGCAUUCACAAAAUCCCUGAUAUUCGAUUAUUUUGGUCCAGCGAUUCGGGAUUUUUAAACCAAUUUAAAUCCAAGGACAAUAAAAACGUUAUUUAUAAGCCUAUAAGUCAGUUUCCUCAAUGUAAGAACGAUAUUAGCUUUUGGAUUGGCGAUCCGGACAAUUUUUCCAGCAACGAUUUUUAUGACUUAGUCAGAAAUGUUGGGGGGGAUUUGGUUGAACAAGUCACCCUAGUCGAUAAUUUUAAACAUCCAAAAACAGGAAAAACCAGCCACUGUUACAGAAUUAUUUAUAGGCACAUGGAAAAAACAUUAACACAGUCAGAGGUUAAUGUUUUGCAUAAAGAAAUCGAAGAUACCGCUAAAAAUUCGUUGAAUGUUACUAUAAGAUAGUUUUGUAUUUAUUUGUUGAUAAAUUAUUUGUUAAUA